AUGAUGGCGGCUUCCAGCACCAACAGUACUGGUUCAAUCUCCAUCAAACAACACAGAUACAUCGACCAUGGCAACCCGAGCUACAGAGAUCCCAGUAGAAACUCCACCUCAACAUCAUCGUGGGGCAAACAACUUCUUCCUCGUCGUCACCGUAAGUUAUCAUGCACCGCCGAGUUGCAGCAGCAGCAGCAGAUUUUGAGCAUGCAUGAAGAAGAAGCGGACAAGAUCCGACGGCUGCAGAACGGGUCGGACGUUCGAGGGGUCGCGCUGGAGGGAGAGAAGGGCCGGACCGUCGACCUAACCCCGCCGGCGGUGGAGGCCAUAUCGGAGAACUUUGUUUUUUGGACAUGUUUUAUUGAUAUUUGA